GCGCCCUCCUUUUGUUUAAGAGUAUGUGGAGAAGCCCCUGAAGCUGGUCCUCAAAGUGGGAGGUAACGAAGUCACCGAGCUCUCCACCGGCAGCUCGGGGCACGAUUCCAGCCUCUUCGAAGACAAGAACGACCAUGACAAACACAAGGACAGAAAGCGGAAAAAGAGAAAGAAAGGAGAGAAGCAGGUGCCAGGGGAGGAAAAGGGGAGAAAGCGCAGGCGAGUCAAGGAGGAUAAAAGGAAGCGAGAUCGGGACCGUGUGGAGAAUGAGGCAGAAAAAGAUCUUCAGUGUCAGGCCCCUAUAAGAUUAGACUUGCCCCCUGAGAAGCCUCUUGCCAGCUCUUUAGCCAAACAAGAAGAGGUAGAACAGACACCCCUUCAAGAAGCUUUGAAUCAACUAAUGAGACAAUUACAGAGAAAAGACCCGAGUGCUUUCUUUUCAUUUCCUGUGACUGAUUUUAUUGCUCCGGGCUACUCCAUGAUCAUUAAACACCCAAUGGAUUUUAGUACCAUGAAAGAAAAGAUCAAGAACAAUGACUACCAGUCCAUUGAGGAACUAAAGGAUAACUUCAAGCUCAUGUGCACUAAUGCUAUGAUCUACAACAAACCAGAGACCAUUUAUUAUAAAGCUGCAAAGAAGCUGUUGCACUCAGGGAUGAAAAUUCUUAGCCAGGAGAGAAUUCAGAGCCUGAAGCAGAGCAUCGAUUUCAUGGCAGAUUUGCAAAAAAGCCGAAAGCAGAAGGACAGGACAGAUGCCUCACAGAGCGGGGAGGACAGCGGCAGCGGCUGGCUGAGGGAAAGGGAGGACCCCGCGGGUGCUGAAGCACAAACUCUUAAGAGCCCCAGCAAGGAAAACAAAAAGAAAGACAAAGACAUGGUUGAAGAUAAAUUUAGAAGCAGUAAUUUCGAGAGAGAGCAGGAGCAGAUUGACCGCAUCGUUAAGGAAUCUGGGGGAAAGCUAACCCGGAGGCUCGUUAACAGCCAGUGUGAAUUUGAAAGAAGAAAGCCAGAUGGAACGACGACGUUAGGACUUCUCCACCCUGUGGACCCCAUUGUGGGAGAGCCAGGCUACUGCCCCGUGAGGCUGGGAAUGACAACUGGAAGGCUUCAGUCUGGAGUGAACACUUUGCAGGGGUUCAAAGAAGAUAAAAGGAACAAAGUAACUCCAGUGUUAUACUUGAAUUAUGGACCCUACAGUUCUUAUGCACCACAUUAUGACUCCACAUUUGCAAAUAUUAGCAAGGAUGAUUCUGAUUUAAUCUAUUCAACCUAUGGGGAAGACUCCGACCUGCCCAGUGAUUUCAGCAUCCACGAGUUUUUGGCCACAUGUCAAGAUUAUCCAUAUGUUAUGGCAGAUAGUUUACUGGAUGUUUUAACAAAAGGAGGUCAUUCUAGAACACUGCAAGAAUUGGAGACGUCAUCGCCUGAAGAUGAAGACCAGACUAGGACACUUGAUGCAGUGAAAGAAAUGGAGGUUAUGGAAAUCGAGCCAGUGGGGCACUUAGACGCCACUAGUCAGGACAGGCUCACAGCACUGAAGGCUGUGACAAGCUUCGGUGUCCCGGUGGAAGUUUUUGACUCUGAAGAAGCUGAAGUGUUCCAGAGGAAACUUGACGAAACCACCAGGCUGCUCAGGGAGCUCCAGGAAGCCCAGAACGAGCGGCUGAGCACCAGGCCUCCCCCCAACAUGAUCUGUCUCUUGGGCCCCUCGUACAGAGAAAUGCAUCUCGCUGAACAAGUGACCAAUAAUCUUAAAGAACUUGCACAGCAAGUAACUCCCGGGGAUAUUGUGAGCCUGCGUGGGGUCCGGAAGGCGCUGGGGGUUUCGUUCCCCGCCCCUGCUGUAGAGAGCCACUUGGUAGACUUAACGGCAGAUUUUGAAGACCCUAGAAAGACUGAUGUGGUUGCGUGUGGACCUGAUGGGGUUUGAAGCUAAACUGCAUUUGAUUACAUAUCGUGUAUAUAUUCUUUUUCAUUCUAAACUUGGAAAUGCUUUUCAGAAGAUACUAAAUAUUUGUAAAUUGUGUUUUUAAUUAAACUUUGGAACAAUUAAUUUUAAUGUUCCAGAGGUGUGACUUCUGUUAGG